AACAUGGUUAUAUGGUUAUAGAAAUGUUUCUGGAAAAUUUAUCAUUUGUCAUUUAAUUAUCGAUUAUGAAGCAUCUAAUUGACAGCGUUUUACAUGAAAUACUAUCUGUAAAGAAUUUAGUGCAUGCUAUCUCUGGUUCGACGGCAAGUGUCGUAGCGAUUUCAACUUUCUACCCUCUCGAUUCAGCUAGAACAAGACUACAAGCUGGAGAUUUAAAAUCGAAAAAUAACUUUUCUCUACAAUUAAUAAGGGAAAUAUUUGAAAAAGAAGGAAUAUACGGUAUUUAUCGCGGUUUGAGUUCCAUAAUAACUGCCCUUGGUUUUUCAAACUUUGUCUAUUUUUAUGCAUACAAUUGUAUAAAAGUAUGCCAGAAAAAUCGUACAGCAACAAUGGAUUUACUGACGGCAUAUACUGCUGGUGCUAUUAACGUUCUUUUAUCAACACCGCUUUGGGUGGUUAAUACAAGAUUAAAAUUGCAGUCCAAUUCCAAUAGAUAUACUGGUAUAAUAGACUGCGCAAGCAAAAUUAUAACUGCUGAAGGGAUAAAAGCGUUGUGGAGUGGAACUACAGUGUCCUUGCUAUUAGCGUCUAAUCCAGCUAUUCAAUGGAUGUUUUAUGAGUCACUGAAACGCUACGUCGCAAGAAUAUUUCAUAAUGACGAAUUAUCAUCAUUCACUAUAUUCAUUUUGAGUGCCAUCUCAAAAUUUUUAGCGACUUUUCUAACAUAUCCUCUACAAAUUUUACAAACCAGAUGUAGAGCUAAAAACUCAAAUCCGUCUGCGAUAUUGAAGGCAAUUAUUAAAGAGAAAAAUUUCCAAGGUCUUUUCUUAGGAUUUGAAGCAAAGCUCACGCAAACCGUUCUAACUGCUGCUUUUAUGUUAGUUGUUUACGAAAAGAUAGUAGCUAACAUUUUAACUUUAAUGAAAAGUUAUUAA